AUGGAUAAAAACCGUUUAACAACCGCUAUUAACACCAAUCAUACUGUUUAUAAUACGAAUAAACUUUAUCAUAAUUCAUCACCAACAGUUGUCUCCAUACCAAAUGAUGAUAUACACAUCCACGAAACGGAUCGUUUUCUAAAUGAACAUGCAUCAUCCAACAUACUUUCGGAUUUGCCGCGUUCGCGGAAUCUGGACGAAACAGAUGAAAAUGAAUUGCCAUUUCCUGGAUUUGUUGAUCAAGUUUUUUAUUGUCUGAAACAAACAACCACACCACGAUAUCAAUGUUUACGUUUAAUAACUUGGCCAUGGUUCGAACGUAUUAGUAUGUUGGUUAUAUUAUUGAAUUGUAUUACACUUGGCAUGUAUCAACCAUGUGUCCAUCUUGCGGNGGACUAUUCUUUCUCGUCAGGAGCGGCAUUCGAAUAA